GUCAUCAACAUCUAAAAUAUACUCACUUCCUUUCUUUCUCAUUAUCCCUUCAAGUUGUUCAAUUGCAUCUUCUCAAAAUGGCAACAAGAAGAAUACCCUCAGCUUGUAUAGCAGCAAGCUCUCGCCGGACUACAUCAUUCAUACCCCACUCCCGCAUUAUCCCCAGAUUCCACAGCUCACGGCAGCUGCACGCGACAUGCAUACGAUUGGAAGGGCAGAAAGCCAAUGUUGGUGCGAAACGAGACCCAGCACCGAAAAUUGUCAGAGGGCAGUCGAAAAUAUUCAAGAAUGCAGAUGAAGCUGUUAAAGACUUAAAGAGCGGGGCGAUAGUUUUGAGUGCGGGUUUUGGACUUUGUGGUACUGCUGAUACAAUCAUAGCAGCAAUCGAGAAGAGGGGAAAGGACAGCUUGGACAAUCUCACAGUCGUCACAAACAAUGGUGGUACAGCCAGUGGAGGCGGACUUUCUCCUCUGGUCGUAUCAGGGCAAAUCGACAGAUUGAUCAUGUCAUUCCUGGGUAACAACAAGGCGUUGGAAAAGAAGUAUUUGAACGGCGAAGUUGCAAUCGAGUUGACCCCGCAGGGAACGAUUGCAGAGAGAAUACGUGCUGGUGGUGCCGGAAUUCCUGCUUUCUUCACUCCAACAGGUGUUAAUACACUGCUACAAACUGGAGAUAUUCCUGUCCGUCUAGGACCAGUUGACAAGACAACGGGCAAGACCACUAUCCUCGAAGCUGGAAAGCCACGAGAAACCAGAAUCUUCGAUGGCAAGACAUACAAUAUGGAACAAGCUAUUAAGGGCGAUGUUGCAAUUUUGCGAGCAUACAAAGUAGACGAAGCGGGAAACUGUCAAUUCAGAUACACCACCAAAACUUUCGGUCAGAUUAUGGCCAAAGCUGCCAAAGUAACAAUCGUCGAAGCCGAAAAUAUUGUCUCAAUUGGCGACAUCGAUCCCGAUAAUGUCCAUCUUCAAGGAAUUUACGUUGAUAGAAUCGUCCCAGCCACUGUCGAGAAAGUUAUCGAGAUUCGAAAACUCAAGGAGGUCGAAGGACAAGGUGAUGGCAAGAAAUCCGACUCCCUGCUUAGACGAGAACGUAUCGCUAGGCGAACAAGUAAAGAAUUGAAGCAUGGGUACUAUGUCAAUCUUGGUGUCGGGAUUCCUACUUUAGCACCUAGUUUCUUGAAACCUGAAACCAAGGUUUGGAUCCAGAGUGAGAAUGGACUGCUUGGAAUGGGACCGUAUCCCACUGAAGAGGAAAUCGAUGCCGACGUAAUCAAUGCCGGCAAAGAGACUGUAACCAUAAUCCCAGGCGGCUCAACCUUCGACUCCGCUGAAUCUUUUGCCAUGAUCCGAGGUGGACACAUCGACGUCUCCGUCCUUGGUGCUCUCCAAGUCUCUGCCAAUGGCGAUUUGGCCAAUUUCAUGAUUCCUGGAAAGGUCUUCAAGGGAAUGGGAGGUGCGAUGGAUCUUGUGGGCAAUCCAGAUCAGACUAAGAUUGUGGUUGCAACAGAUCAUGUGGCGAAGGAUGGAAGUCCAAAGAUUGUGGAGAGCUGUGAAUUACCGUUGACCGGAGCGAGAUGUGUGAGCACUAUAAUUACGGAUUUGUGCGUCUUUGAGGUUGAUAGAGAGAAAGGUGGAUUGACCUUGACUGAGCUAGCGCCAGGAGUCGAGGUCGAGGAAGUGAAAAGCAAGACAGGGGCGAAAUUCAAGGUCGCAGAUGAUGUGAAGAGCAUGGAAUAGAAAUUUCCGUCAUGUAUAGAAUGCAUUCACAUCGAUGCACAUAGCUGGUCUUUGUCAUGUUAUAUAUAUUGUACAUAUCUAUCUACAAAAUUUCAUAUGUUUUGCUAUCUC